AUGGAAGUGAACGAUUUAAAUGUGUUUGGCAUAUGGGCAUAUGAUGGAAUUUGGGCACUGGCAAAGGCUGUUGAGAGGGUAGGGACUGAAUCUCCACCUGUAACGAAUAAUCAAGGCACGGGAUUGAGAUUAUUUGACUUGGCUGAAAUCAGUGUCUCUCAAAGUGGCAGGACACUUCUAAAUGAGAUACUGCAAACCAAAUUUAGGGGUUUAAGUGGUGAGUUUCAGAUUAUGAAUGGAAAGCUGAAAUCGCAGGAAUUUGAAAUAGUGAAUGUCAUAGGCAAGGGGGAGAGAACAGUAGGAUUUUGGACGUCAACAGAUGGAAUCAAGAGAGAAAUGUACCGAUCGGUCCACGGUCUUGAAACCAUUAUAUGGCCAGGCGGGUCUACAAUUAUUCCAAAAGGUUGGAUGAUGUCAAUGAGUGGCAAAAAGCUCAGGGUUGGUGUUCCAACAAAUCCAGGGUUCAAGGAGUUGGUACAUGUGGACCAAAAUCAAGCUAAUGAAACAACUGUCACUGGUUUCUGUAUAGCUGUGUUUAAGGCUGCCAUUGAAGCCUUACCAUUCGAAGUACCUUAUGAAUUUAUUCCAUUUGUGGGUGCCGAUGGAAAGAAUUUAGGAACGUACAAUGAUCUUACAGAUCAGGUCUAUCUACAGAAAUAUGAUGCAGCGGUGGGGGAUAUGACAAUCACAAGCAAUAGAUCUCUAUAUGUUGACUUUACAUUGCCUUACACCGAUUUGGGUGUUGGAAUGAUAGUACGUAAACCUAUUGACAAAAACAUGUGGAUAUUCUUGAAGCCGCUAGAUGCAGAUCUAUGGCUAACAAGUGCAGCUUUCUUCAUAUUGACGGGCUUUGUCGUCUGGGUUAUUGAACAUCCUAAAAAUAGAGAAUUCCAAGGUUCACCAGCUCAGCAAAUUGGAAUUGUCUUCUGGUUCUCCUUUUCAACCCUGGUUUUUGCUCAUAGAGAAAAAUUGUCAAGUAAUUUGUCAAAAUUUGUGGUGAUCAUUUGGCUCUUCGUGGUGCUUAUACUGACUUCGAGUUAUACUGCAACUUUGAGCUCACUCUUGACGGUUCAACAGAUUCAAUUAGCGUCAAAGGGUGAGUAUAUAGGGUACCAAUCUGGCUCUUUUCUGCAAGGAGUAAUUGUAAGCAACUUUAACUUCAAGGACGAUAGGCUUGAGCCAUAUUCUUCACCCGAUGAAUACGCCAAUGCUUUGUCAAAAGGAAGCAAGAGUGGCGGUGUUGAUGCCAUUUUUGAUGAAAUUCCGUACAUCAAAAUCUUCCUUGCAAAGUAUUCUGCUGAUUAUGACAUGAUCGGAUCUGCAUCAAAAUCAACCACCAAUGGUUUUGGCUUUGUCUUCCAAAAAGGUUCACCUCUUGUCCCUGAGAUAUCAAGGGCAAUUGCAAAACUGAGGGAGGAAGGAAAGCUUGAAAUGAUGGAGAAGAUAUGGUUUAACAUUGACUCAUCCUUCAUGCCUGACAGUCAAAGCUCUGCCUCCGCGACCAAUCCCAGCACUCUGAGCCUCGAUAGUUUUCGUGGUUUAUUUCUCAUUAGUGGUAUCGCUUCAGCUUUCGCCCUUUUUAUAUUCUUUGUUUUCUUUCUUAAAGAAAAAAUUGGUGUGAAAAAUCAUAUAUGGGGGAUUUUAGCUCAAGGAAAACUGCUGUUCAUGAUGAAGUAUCUCUUCACCAGAAAUGCCGUCAUGAUUGGAGAAACCAAUGCAAGGUAA